CAGCGACCAACACACCGGCCAACCUCAAGUUCGAUUACCUGUCCUAUCCUCAAAUGGUAGCAGAUCCCCUCUUGACGGCUGAGUUUGUCCAAGCGUUGCCGUUGUUUGUAGUGUCGGCCAUCAAUUGUUCUGUGGACGAUAUCAUUGUUGUGUCGAUCACAAGCAGUGGAACCUCAUUGACCAAGCGAGACGACAGUACCAGCGGUGUGAUUGUCACGUUGAGCAUUCCCUCCGAGUCAGUGAGCAACCUGCAAGACCAAAUCCGAUCCCCCAACAGUGCGUUGUUUUCCCCCUCCAAUGGACAGCUGGCCAAGCUGAUCGAUACCACCUACCCUGUGCAGCAAAACUAUGCUGUCACCUCCAGCACCUCUUCACCGGUGAUUGAUCCCAAUAAUCAAGGCGUGAAUACUGGACCUACCAGCGCUGGCUCCCCUGGUCUGUCCAAGGGCGCGGUGGUUGGCAUCGCUGUAGGUGCUUCCACCGUCCUUUAUGCUGGUCUCACCGUGGCGGUGGUCAGAGCGUACCGACGAAAAAAGCAGCGUCAAUAUGAACAGAACCGUGAACAAGGUCGUAUGAUUGCUCAAAGCAUCUCUGCUCCCAUGAUGCAAGAGCCUUCCAAUCAGUGGUAGAUUUUUUUUCUCCCUUUUUAUUUUAUUGGGCCUAGUAUACAUCCAUGUAGCAUUAUUUUAUUACUGUUUUUUUUUUGACAUGGUCUGCGGUAUUAAACAUGUUCCUACUUGACCGUUGAUAAAAGCCCCCGUUUCAAUCAAUGUUUUGACAGCGUGCCUCACCUUAUGCUUGGCAAGGUUUCAAAUGAAGCUCAGCAAACAUUGAAGCACAGCAGUGUAUACAUUUGGAA